AUGAGACUGUCAGGAAGUGGUGCCGAAGCGGAACAACAAACAAUCACCAUUGACCAGAUCAAAGUGAACCUGGACGCUUUCUUCAGGAAAUGCCCAGAAAAGGGCGGCUCUAUGAAAUUUUCAGAUAACCCCAAGGUCCUUCUGAAAAUCAGAAACCGCUCCCCACCAGGCUCAGCGUUUGAGGCAUACAAUCCUGAUUUCGAGCUUGAGAAACCCUACUGCUCUCAGUCCCCUGAAGCACCAAGUAUUGGAGACAACAACAACUGUAUCGAGGCCGUUGAAAGCCUCCAAACAGAUGCCCAGGGUCGUAUCAAAGCCAGAGGAAAUGGUGUAAUUACAGCUUUGAAAUCAUGUGGAGUGAGUCAAAAGCACAAACGCAAUAGAAAUGUUCAGAUGAUCAGGCAAACAAAUGGCACUAAUGACAAUUCCUGA